CUCCACGCUUGAUGGGACAAGUACUGUUGCCCCAUUUCUCCGUAUCUUCGCCUCCAAUCUUAACCAAGGAACGAAACCAUCGCCCUUGGCCCUCCUUCCGAUCCCUAAUUCCUAAACCUGCUUUCUCACAACUAUUCUCCAACGUUCGUUUAGAAAAAAGGAUUUAUCGGUUGUACGGCCGACCUCAACGACGCUCAUUCAGCCUCUGUCGCAUGCCCAACAUGCAUCGGUCGUUCAAGUCUAUCCUGGCCGCAGGAGCGAUGCUCGUCGCGGUGGCCUCAGCCGCCGUUGACUCGCAGUUGACGGGAACUUGGUCAACGAAAUCGGGCAAAGUUGUCACUGGUCCGGCAUUUUACAACCCGGUCAGCGACCGAUUGAUCGAACCAGACCUUACCGGUAUUUCAUACUCGUUCACCGAUGACGGCUGGUAUGAGGAAGCGUAUUAUCGGGCAAUUGCGAAUCCCCAAAACCCCUCUUGCCCCAAAGGUAUCAUGCAAUGGCAGCAUGGACAGUACACUAAGGUGGACAAUGGAUCUUUAAUCCUGACGCCUAUCGCCGUGGAUGGCCGCCAACUGCUUUCCGAUCCUUGCAACAGUGGAUAUUCUACUUACAUUCGUUAUAACCAAACCGAGCUCUUCAAGAAAUAUGAAGUUGUUCUUGAUCGCUACCACAACGUCCAGCGACUCAACUUGUAUCAAUUCGACGGCAGCCCGGUGAACCCAAUGUACCUCGUGUACAGCCCCCCUCAGAUGCUGCCGACUCAGACUUUGAAUCCGACGCCAACUUCAAGCGGGGCAAAAUCCACGUCAACCUCGAAGAGCAAACUGAAGCGUGCCCUCGGAGAUUCGGCGCCUCCCCUUGAGUACAUGUCGCUGAAAAAGCCAAAGGGCUCAACCACCGCCGAGUCGAUCUGGUGGGUCGGCUUGGGAAUGACUGCCCUCGGCGGUGCAACAUACUUUUAUUUUUAAACACUUUCAUCAUUUGCCUACCAAGAUUUCCAGUUUGGCGACCAAAAAACCCCCCGUCAGAAUCGCAAACACGGAGUCAUUACAAGUGAUGAUCAUGCGAGGAGUUUGGCAAUUCGCAAAAGGGCAUAAAUGGAAUUCGGCCGGUUUCUGUUGAUUGGUUAAUUUGGGAUUCCAAACGUCGACUUGAGCGCUCCCCCGGUUUCUUCACCGCGCACAAUCUAAUUCCAUAUAUCGCUCUAUUCCCCCCUUUUCUCUUUCUCUUCUUUUUCUUUUCUAUUUUUCUUUCGUGCCCUUCUACACUACUACUACAUUUAUUCUUUCAUAUUUAUAUUUCUCGUCGCCGGGGAGGAGACAUAUUGUUUACGCGUUGGGCGUUGGGGCGCAGAUGGCCGUAUAUUGCUCGAUACACGAACCUAUUAAACAUAUCUAGCAUGAAUCAAUCAAUUUGUCCUCCUGUGC